AUAAUUCCCAUCCUUCAUUAUCUACCCCACAAAAUGUGUGCUCCCCUUCCCAAAUAGCGGUAGGUAUCCGAUCAUUCGAGUGCAACUAUAUUUUGCGAGAACGGCGGAUGCAAUUGGCUCGGUUGAGUGGGCGUUUGGUUUCAUCCAACUGUAACCUGUAGAGGCUGUAGCCAAGAAAUCCCCUUCUUUCGCCCUUCGCCCUGCCCGGGGCCACGGCGGCGAGGGAAGAGGAAGACAAGCACGCCUCUUCCGUCGCCUCUCCCUUCCGCCUCCGCGCUCCGCGGCCUGCUCGCGACCCUUCGAGAGCUGUCCUCCGACCAAGGGUACCUCCGUGCCUCCUUCCGCCGGAGGCGGGCACUCCACCUGCCCAGCGGACAGUCGAAGGGACCCCUCCUGCCGUCCUCGGCCGCGGGGAGGGGACUCCUCCGAGUUUUGGGUCGGUUUCUUCUGCACUUGUUGAACUUCGAUUUAGACAAUGGAUCUGGAGACAGAGAAUCAUCUUGCUUCUUUACUACUUGAAGAGGCGCGGAGAUUACAGUUAGAGGCUGACAGGGAAGGUGUUCAUGCAUAUCUUCGAAAGCCUAAUGUAAGGCAUCGUCCAAACUCUCGGUUCCUCACGGCUACAGUUCGUGGAGUUCAGCAAGCAAACCGUGUUGUGGAGGUCAAUGAAAUGUGGCGUGCCAGGGAAAAAGAACUUGAGUUGGAGUCAAAGAUGAAUAGCAGAAGUAGCAAGAGUAAAGAUCUUGAUGACGCGAAAGGUCAGAAGCGUAAAAGUGACUCAAGAAACCAUAGCUCCAGCUCAAGGCUUGAAAAAGAAGGGAUCACUUAUAGUAAUUCCUACUCAGACCAGGAGGAUGGUCUGGGGGAUGAUGAAAUUGAAAGAUUUCUUCAUUCAAGGGUGAAGCGAGGACGUGGGGCUGUUGGCUCUAGGAUGGACGAGCCCGGUCCAUACCUUGAUUUGUUAUCCCAUCAUAAAGACAAGCCUAGUCCUGACAUACGUGUGGAAGAAAAGUGGGAACGCCGAGUGCAAGGCCCAGAUAAGCCUUCAUUUUUGAGAUCCAAGUCUCCUGAUGAUUAUUGGCAUAAGGAAGCAUUGGAUGGAAGGCCAUCAAGCUCUCAACCACAGAGUAAGAAAGAAAAGAAAAGGAAAUCAGAGAAAAAAGAUAGAGAUAAAAAUAAGGAAAAGUACAAGAAGAAAUCCAAACAUCGCAAUCUUCACCACCUCAAAAGCCAAAGAAGGGAGUGAUGUGCAUGUUUGCUAAACAGGAAAUUGUACAAAAUUGUUCUGCCCUUAAAGAGGCAGCUAGUUGGUUGUUGCUGUAACUUGAAAUUUGUUUGUAUGGAAAAUCAACAGUGCAGAAUGGACUACGGUUUCGUAAAGAGUUCUGUUGCAUAGUCGUGGUAUUGAAGUCUAACCCUUUUAUCCCAA